AUGUCACUUCGUAACUCGACUAGCUUGCAGACGAUGUCGUCCGAAUCAUCGAGCAAGACCUCCAUUUUUUCUAGGUCUGUGAGGAGGGUCAAGAAACGCUUGUCGACGGUGAGCUUGAAGUCGCCAAGACGUUCAGGUGGGAGGGAGUCAGGGAGUCCACCUGAGACUCGGUCCCCUCAAGCAGACAGCUUCACUUCCUCCAGCUCAAAUCUUAGUCCUCUCGAAGCACUGUUACCCGCGCUUGCAUCUCCAUAUCCACUCUGGAUCCCUAUUUAA